AAUAUGCUGGAAGCCGGCAGGCUGGCGCCCGGGAGGUGCUGAAGGGACAGUUCCCGCGCCGAACUUGCCCGGCCGAGCGCGGGUGGGGCGGCCCGGAGCCGGUGGGGCACGUGAGCCAUGGAGACCAUCUGGAUUUACCAGUUCCGCCUCAUCGUGAUCGGGGACUCCACCGUGGGCAAGUCGUGCCUCUUGCACCGCUUCACCCAGGGCCGCUUCCCCGGGCUGCGCUCCCCUGCCUGCGACCCCACGGUCGGCGUGGACUUCUUCUCCCGCCUGCUGGAGAUCGAGCCGGGCAAAAGGAUAAAGCUGCAGCUCUGGGACACGGCGGGACAGGAGCGGUUCAGAUCAAUAACUCGAUCCUAUUACCGCAACUCAGUUGGUGGAUUUUUAGUAUUUGACAUUACUAACCGACGAUCUUUUGAACAUGUAAAAGAUUGGCUAGAAGAAGCAAAAAUGCACGUACAGCCAUUUCAGAUUGUAUUUCUACUGGUGGGACAUAAGUGUGAUUUAGCUUCACAACGUCAAGUGACAAGGGAAGAAGCUGAAAAACUGUCAGCAGACUGUGGAAUGAAGUAUAUAGAAACCUCAGCAAAAGAUGCUACAAAUGUAGAGGAAUCCUUCACAAUCUUGACAAGAGACAUAUAUGAACUUAUUAAAAAGGGAGAAAUUUGUAUUCAGGAUGGCUGGGAAGGAGUCAAAAGUGGUUUUGUUCCAAAUACUGUGCAUUCUUCCGAGGAAGCAGUAAAGCCCAGGAAGGAGUGCUUUUGCUGACUUCAAACAUGCCAAAGAACAAGAACAGAUUGGGUGUCACUUCAGGAUAAAUAUCAACAUUAAUGGCAGAAGGAUGCAAUGAUAGCAUUUUAAAAAGUUAGGCCUAUACUAAUACUAUUUUGUAAGCUAUUUGAUUCAGAGCACUAUGCUUGUUACACUACAAGAUUGGGUAUUUUGCUAAAUUAUCAGGCUUGGCAGACAACUUUUUGAAACUGGAGUAUCUACAUAAUUCCUUCCAUUCUUACUUCUUACCUUGUUAGCAUAUAGCUGACCUUAGUGUCCAGAUAUGUCAGUAUUAUGCACUUUUCUUGACAGUCCAAAAUGGAUUUUUUUGUCUAAUUGAAGAUUUUAUUAGGAGUUAU